CUUCAGCAAUCGCUUGUCGUAUAUUAGUCUUUUUAUCGAGCUCAUCUAAUUAUGAGUGUAUUAAUAAUAGUGAUCCUUUUGACUACUUUAUUUCAAAGCUUAAUCGAAGCUGAAAUUAUCUAUAAUGGUAGUUCUACAGCCAAGGACGAAUGGUGGAAACAUGCAACAUUUUAUCAGGUUUAUCCUCGAACUUUCAAAGAUAGUGAUGGCAAUGGGUUGGGUGAUUUAAAUGGUGUUAUUAGCAAAUUGCCACAUCUGGUAAAUGCCGGGGUAAAUGCUGCAUGGUUUUCCCCAAUUUUCAAGUCUCCUGGGGUCGACUCUGGUUACGAUAUUAGCGAUUUUAGAGAUAUUGAUGAACAAUUUGGAACUAUGAGUGAUUUUGAGCGGCUUGUUCAGAGAGCCCACGAACUUGGCCUAAAAAUUAUUUUAGAUUUUGUUCCCAAUCAUACUAGCGAUCAACACGUAUGGUUCCAGUUGUCCAAAAAUAAAACUGAGGGUUACGAGGAUUACUACGUUUGGAAGGAUGGCUAUAAUUCAACAACUCCCCCCAACCAUUGGAUUAGCAUUUUCCUAAAUUCUGCCUGGGAAUAUGUGGCGGAGAGGGACCAGUUUUAUUACCAUCUAUUCACCAACGCUCAACCUGAGUUAAACUACAGAAACCCUAAAGUUGUACAAGAAAUGAAAGUAAGUUAUAAUUUAAUAGUAAUUCAUUAAUUAA